AUGGAUGCCAUCAAGCGUCUCUUCGAGGCCCAACCCUUGGACAGCCGCUGGGUCUCAGGGCUCGCCCUCGCGCAGGGGUGCGCGUUUCUGACGGCAUUAUCAGCCACCGCCUCCACCGCGCUGGCGAACCGCGGGGCGAGCGCGCCGGCUUGGCAAUCGUUCUUCAUUUACGUUCUGCUCGGGGGCUUUUACGUGCCGUAUCACGCUCGGCAGAACCGGACUCCCGCACGAUACGCGCUUCUGGCAUUCAUUGACACGCAGGCCAACUACUGGAUCGUGAAGGCGUUCAGAUACACCUCUCUGACGAGCGUGACGCUCCUCGACUGCGCGGCGGUGCCCUUCUCCAUGGCGCUGUCGAUUGCCAUACUCGGCAGCAGCUACUCCAGGGCUCAUAUCGCGGGCUGCGCGUUAUCGUUCUGCGGGCUCGCGCUGCUCGUGCUCACGGAUACGAAGAGCGGUGGAGGAUCCGGCGGUUCCAACCCUCCGCUUGGCGACUUCAUGGUCAUCGUAGCUGCGGCGCUCUAUGCGUCGUCAAACGUGCUGCAGGAGAGGGCGCUGCUGGAGGGCGCAUCCACCUCGGAGGUUCUCGCCGCGAUCGGGGGCAUGGGCGCGGUCAUCAGUGGGAUACAGUGCGCGGUGUUCGAGCUCAAAGACCUCUCGAAGGUUGGCCGGGCGGCUGGCGCGGAGGGGUUCCUGGAGAUGGCAGCGUUUGCGGGGUCGCUGUUUGCGAUGUAUUCGCUCGUCCCUGAGGUGUUGCGGCGGAGCGGUUCCGCCGCGUUCAACGUCGGCAUGCUGAGCUCCGACCUAUGGGCGGUACUCGCACGCGUUGUGUUCUUCGCCGGGUUCACGGCGGCGUCGUUUUUGUCGUUCGCAGCGUCUUUCGUGUUGGUGGCUUUUGGGACGGUUGUGUUUGCCUCUGCGGGUGACCCACUUCGGCUCGGUGGAGAGCGGCGACGUGAGUAUGAGGUUUUGGACGAAGAUCUGGAGGAUCGCCCCGCGGCCCCACCUUUGUAG